CGUCUGCUGAUAUCGAUAUCGAAGAACGAUAGGCCCGAUAGGAAAAUAUGAGAAAAAGUGGAAAAAUAACAAAACAAACGUGCGAAAAACGCUGAAAAACGCGACGCGCAAUUGCAGAACGAGUGCACAACCAGCGAGCGAUUAAGGCAGCGUGCGCGGAAAAGUGGAAAAACCACGGAACAAAGCGAAAAAAGUGGGGAGCAGAGCCAUCACAGCGACGAAGAUGAGCGAAGAAGAAGAAGCGAGGCAGCAGCAGCAGCAGCUAAGGCAAAAGCAGCAAUAAUAAGUUGUUCUCUGUGCGAGUGAGAGAGUGCAGCAGAGCAAAAUAGGGGCAUAAAAAAACGAAACGCGAAAUAAACGAAAAUAAGAAUUCGAGAUUGCUGCGAAGUGAGUGUGCACAACGGUAAAAGUCCCGUUGCCCGCAAAAAUCUACCGCCCCGCGUGCCCCUGUGUGUGUGUGUGUGUCUGUUUGUGUAUUGGUGGUGAUAUUCCCCAGUGGUGUGCGAAAAACAAAAGCCAAAAAAUCGGAGCAAAGAAUAUAUAGAAAUCAAGGAAAUGCAAUAUAGAAUCGGCCGACGCCGCCGUGUGCUGUAAUCCCAAUUGGACUCCCAAUUGGAGGCACACUCGUCCGCAGAGGCGUGUGUGUAUGUGCAUGUGUGUGCGUUGUUGUAUCUGUGUGAAAAGAGGUCAAAGGCGCAACAAAAGUUUUUCACUUUUCAUGCGGUAACCAAAAAAAAAAAUAGCGCAAAAAAAGUGCCAACCAGCUGAGAGCGCAAAAUACAAAAAAAAACAACGUCGCAGUUUUGCGUUAAAACAAUAAACCUCUCGCAAGUGUGCGUGCGCGCGUGGCUGUGUGAGUGUGCCAGAGCGAGGCGAAAUUCGAAAAAAACAAUCAGUUGUUAAAAUAAUCCCCCCAACAAACCGAUUUUCGGAUUUAACAACUCUCGGCUUGCAAACAACUCAAAAUCAAAUCUGGUUUUAUAAGGCGACGCAAAAACAGAUGAAAAAAACGUAAACGGCCAUAACAAUAAUAACAACAACAAAAAAGCGCCAAAAAAUUAAAUUCUUCUAUAUGAGAUUUUAAUCAAGCAAGAAUCCAAUUUGCAUAGCACAAGCGCGACAGAGAGAGAGCAGAGAUCCAAUUGGAGUUAGCGGCGAACGAGAGAAUAUUUUGUUCCGAAGACACAUCCUCCACAAUGGCCAAUCCGCGCAAGUUCAGCGAGAAGAUCGCGCUGCAGAAGCAAAAGCAGGCGGAGGGCACGGCGGAAUUCGAGCGGAUCAUGAAGGAGGUGUAUGCCACAAAGCGGGACGAACCGCCGGUGAACCAGAAGAUCUUGGAGAACCUGGUCGGCGGACAAGAGGUGAGCCAAUCCUCGCCAGGAGCAGGCAACGGGACGGGCGGUGGUGGCGGCAGUGGCUCGGGUAGUGGAGCCAGCGGCGGAGGAGCCUCACCAGACGGCCUGGGCGGCGGAGGUGGCUCCCCGACGGCAUAUCGCGAGUCCCGGGGACGCAGCGUGGGCGUGGGGCCCAUGCGGAGACCCUCGGAGCGCAAACAGGAUCGUUCGCCCUACGGCAGCAGCAGCAGCACGCAACCAACCCUUGACAAUGGCCAACUUAAUCCGCAUCUUCUCGGUCCGCCCACGGCGGAGAGCUUGUGGCGUCGCUCUAGCUCGGACUCUGCCCUCCACCAAAGCGCCCUGGUUGCGGGCUUUAAUGCCGACGUCAAUUCGAUGGGCGCCAGCUAUCAGCAGCAGCAGCAACAUCAGCAGCAACAGCAAACUGGCCAGCCAAGAUCUCACUCGCCGCACCAUGGGAUAAACAGAACCCUCAGUCCGCAGGCGCAACGCAGAAAGUCGCCGCUGCUGCAGCCCCAUCAGCUGCAACUGCAGCAGCUCCAACAGCAGCAGCAACAGAUGCAACAGCAGCACCAGCACCAACUGCACCAGCAGCUCCAAAUGCAGCAGCUGCAACAGCAUCAGCAGCAACACCAACAGCAGCAGCAACAGACCACGCCAUACAACAACGCCAAAUUUGCGAACCCUGUUUUCCGGCCGCUGCAGGAUCAGGUCAAUUUUGCCAAUACCGGCUCUCUGCCCGAUCUCACGGCCCUGCAGAACUUUGGACCCCAGCAGCAACAGCAAUCCCAGCAGCAGCAGCAGCAGCAGUCGCAACAACAACAGCAGCAGUUGCAACAAACCCUGUCGCCCGUCAUGUCGCCGCACAAUCACCGCCGUGAUCGGGAUCAAUCGCCCAGUCCGUUUAGUCCGGCGGGUGGUGGAGGAGGCGGAGCAGGUCCCGGUUCACCCUAUCAGCAGCAGCAGCACUCGCCCACCGGCAACACGCAACAGCAGCAGCAGCAGCAGCAACAACCCAGCAGCUCGCCGCACCUGUCCUUCACCAAUCUGGCCACCACGCAGGCAGCUGUCUCCACAUUUAACCCGCUGCCCACGCUGGGACCGCACAAUGCCACCGACUACCGCCAGCCACCGAAUCCUCCGAGUCCACGUUCUUCGCCUGGUCUGCUGAGCAGUGUGUCGGCCACGGAUCUGCACUCCAGUGCACCGGCCAGUCCAAUACGCCAGCAGCAACAGGCCCAGCAACAGCAGCAGCAGCAGCAACAACAGCAGCAGCAGCAGCAACAACAGGGCCACCAGCAGCAGCAACAGUUCGAUAACUCUUACAAUAGUCUGAAUACCUCGUUUCACAAUCAGUUUGAGAUUUUCUCGCUGGGCGACAGCAAUUCCUCACCGGAACAGCAGGGUUUCGCCAAUAACUUUGUGGCCCUGGACUUUGACGACCUGAGUGGGGGCGGCGGAGGUGGUGGUGGCAGCAAUGGAGGAGGUCUGACCAACGGCUACAACAAGCAGGAGAUGUUGGACUUUAGCGAGCUGAGCGGCAGUCCGGAGGCGAGUGGGAACAACAACCAUAUGCGACGGGGAGUGAGCAAUCUGAACAACAACGGAUUGAGCAACGGUGUGGGAUCCACGCACAAUGGCAGCACAAAUCUAAAUGGAGCGGGGAACAACAAUAGUAGUAGUGGAGGUGGCUCGGCCCAGGAUCCUUUGGGUAUAACCGCUUCUCCAGUGCCCUCACCCCUGGGUUGUCCCAGUUCACCGCUACCGAUACCCAUGUCGGGACAGACCUCGCCACAACAGCAGCACCACCACCACCACCAUCAGCAGCAGCAGCAACAGCAUCAUCAGCAGCAACACCAUCAGCAGCAGCAAUUAUCGCUGUCUCUGCACCAUUCGCCGCAUCAUUCACCCAUGCACUCGCCGCACCAUGGGAAUUCACCGCUUUCGAGCAGUUCGCCAGUGAGUCACAAUGCCUGCUCCAACUCCAAUGUGGUGAUGAACCACCACCAGCAGCAGCAGCAUCAGCACCAGUCACACCUUCAUCAGGCAUCCUCGCAGAGUCACACGCCGACCACUGCGAAUAUACCCUCGAUUAUCUUCAGUGAUUACUCCUCCAAUGCGGACUUCUCCAGGGAGAUCUUCGACACACUCGACCUGGAUCUGGGCCAGAUGGACGUGGCCGGUUUGCAGAUGCUGUCCGACCAGAAUCCCAUCAUGAUCGCAGACCCCAACAUCGAGGACAGUUUUCGUCGCGACCUCAACUGAUACUAUGAGGAGGCUGUUGCGGCCAUCGAGAGCGGAGUGCUGCUAGAGGAGGACUACCAGGCGCUGCUGGGAUCGGAGGCGCUGGCGGAUGAGCAGGUGACCACAGUGGAGGCCGCCGCAGCAGCAGCAGCAGCAGUAACAGUUGAAGAGGCAGCCACUGUUAGCGACAAGGACAAAAAGGAUUUGGAGGUGGUGGAGCUGCUGGUGUCGGGUGUGAUGGACGACCUGGUGGACUCCAGUGACCUGGACGAGGAAGUGCGUAACUUCUUCUUCUAAAAUGCAAGCCUUUUUUGUUAGAUUUUGUCGUUGUCGUCACAACUGUUGGGACUUUCAUUUUCAACCGAAAUACAAGGAAGUGAAUUCAGAUUUUUUAAACACUUCCAAUUACAUUUUCCCGAUUAAAUGCCAUAUUGCUUAAGCUCAUGAUUCACAAGCUAUUGUGAAUUAAAUUAAUUUCGGAAAUGUUGACGAGGGAGAUUGUGAAGUUUACAAAGUUAUAUAAAUCACUUCCGCAAAUUCAUGACGAAACUGAAAGUUUUCUAACAGGCCUCAAUAUUGUUAUCUCGUUAUCGUCCGUGCUUUCGUAGCUAGCUCUUAAAAAAAAAAGUAAAAAAAAAAUAUAUAUAUUAAAUGAAUCGUUAACCCUUAAGUGUACUUGAGUGUCUUUUUACACCCUCUUUCCUCAAAAAUCCCUUGCACCCCUGAAAAAGCGAAACAUAUUUUACAGCGAGUCUCAGAUUUUACUUAACUACGCACAUAAGUCACUAUACAAUUUACACACUUAAGCUCUAAUUUCUGUAUAUAAUACAAUAUCUAAAGGGAAGAAAGCGAAAAGGAUUGAAACCAAAAAGUGUCUUAGACCAACGACCAAAAUUAUAUUCUCUACAAGAAGACAAAGAAAGCUGGAAAGAAAACUAUCUAUUCGGAUAUGCCAUCUAACCCGGUUCCGUUCGUUUGUUUGAUCCAAGAAAAUAGCUAGCUAAUUACGCAUAUAUGUGCAUCUGUAAAACCCUACCCAUACUAUAAUCCCAAUGUGCCGUCGAAGCAAUUACUAGAGUUUAAGAUGCCGAUGUCGAAACCGAUCCCCUCAGUGCUGUAAAGUCUUCAGAGUACCCCCCGCGAAAACUUUUCGAAUACAAAACGAUAGAUAGAUGUGUGUAUAUUCGAGAUCCUACUUCAUAAACGCAGUAUCACAAACGAGUAUAUAACCAUGCAUACUUAUAGCUAAAUAUAUAUACCGAUAAAAAGUUGAAUGUCCAGGCACAAGUGUAGCUCACAAACGGAAUCCAGUUCCAGUGUCCUGCUCCGACAAAUUUUACGAAAUCAACAAGAAUCAAAAGCCAACCCAAAAAAAAUAAAUUAAAGAAACUUUAAGGAAUUUUUUACAAAUCUUUAAUAAAUAGUAGAUAGGUUUUUCCAAAAAACUUUUUCCGAACGAUAAUUAUCGAACUCGGAACUACGACUACUACCAUAAUACCCAAACCAACUUAAAUCCGUUGUCUUUUCAAGUCAUUUUAUUACGAAAGUAAAAUAUUUAAGAGUCAAAUCAAAGAAAGCUUUAUGGCCUGCAACCAACAAUAAGGAGAAUGGAAUAGCUAGGAUAAGGCGAUCCUAAACCCUGAAUAAUACGUACUGUUUAUAGAUAAUACGACCCCCGUAAAACAUACACAUACAUCAUUGAGUCUAAAUCUACUUAAUAAAUGUAAAAAAAACAACUUAAAAAUGGGAUAACACAAAAAAGCUUCAAAAGUGCAAAGAGAAAAUUUUUUAUUUAAUUCGAGAACUUCUUAUACAUAUGCAUAAAUAUACAAUAAUAAUGGUUAAUAUUAGUAACCAAAAUGUUUUUGCUAAUAUAGCCCCAACAAAAAGAUUUCCUUUUUCUAAUUAUCGAUGUAAAACUCUAGUUAUAAACUAAACUUAAUUAAGACGAGGAUAAAACGCGAAAAACUUUACAAGCGACACACAAAAAAGCGACGAAAAAAGAAAAAUACAUAUAUAAAUGUAAUUUAAAAAUGUAAUUUAUGUGGGAAACGCGCAAAAAUAUAUAUAGAUCGAUAACAUUUGUCUCUGCUGUUUUGUGUUAAAAUAUACACGUAAAUAAAAUGAAAACUUGAAGAACUAUAAUAAUACUAGAUAAGUGAGAGAGAAAUGCUAAUUAUAAAUUAUACUAUUAUUAUUAUACGAUAUGUACUAAGUAAUUGUGUAUGUAAUAUAUAAUUACAUUUAAAAUAUCGGUACAUCAGAACAGCAAAAAACCGCAAAACCCGAGGAGAAUAAGCCAUAAGAUUAUAUUCAAUGUAAUAACACAGUUAUUUGUUUCAAAUAAAUCUUAAAUUUGAUUUUAAAGUCCAGAAAACCAUA